GAGAGAGAGAGAGAGAGAAAUAGACAAGAAGAUAAUUUAUCUUUCAAUUACUCUGUCUUUUCAUCUGUCUACAGAAACCUUAUCAUCCUUUAUCAUGAAGAUGAUAAGUUUCAUCAUCAACUCAGUUGAACUUAAAGUAACGUCAAUGUAACAAGAGGAGGAAAACCGGUAAACUGAUUUGAUUGUUUAGAUUUAUAACCAAACUUAUCUUUUUAAUUGUUUAAAGUUAAAUCAGUUGUAAUUAAAUUUGUGCUCCUCAUCAGUGAAAACAAAUCAUCGUUAAAAUCAACAACAAUUUCAGUGAGAAAAACAAUUAGUGAUCAACAAUUAAAUUUAAUGUUUUCAUUUGCAAGCAAAAGUUAACUAUCUCACUGCCCAACAAUUAAAUUGGACCAAUGACAAUUUACUGUGACAAUUUAAAUGUUCAACUUGAACGAUUGUAAUUGUAUAAUCAUGUUAAUCAAUUAAUCUUUUGAUUAAUUAUCGACAACAACUUUAAUACGUCAACUCGUUAAUCUGAAUAUCAUAAUAAUAAAAGUUUGAUUUACUAAUAGUAAACAAUAAGGAAAAAGAUAAUCAAAAAGCAACUAAUCUAACAUCUUCAUCUUCAUCCUCAUCCUCCUCAUCCUCAUCAUCCUCAUCCUCAUCAUCUUUAGCAUCCUCCUCUUGAUCCUCAUCUCAAAAAUAAACAACCAAUCAACUAGUGAAAAUCAUACAACCAUAAAUCAUUUCAGUCUGGAAUCGACUCACUAAUAUUACAAUCAUCAGAUUUUAAUACAAAACUCAACUUUUCAUCCUUCCUCAUCAUCCUCAUCAUCAUCACCAUCAUCAUCAAAAACAACAAUUGAUUAAUCUCGUUCUUGUAAAUGGCAAAAAUUGAUUACAAUUUAAAAGUGAACAUCAACAAAUCAAAUUGUUAACCAACAAAAAGAUUGACCCUCAAAAACAAACUGAACAAUCAAAUGAACUUUAAAACAGCAAAAUCAACAAUCUAACCAAUUUAAUAAAUUAAUUUCUCUCAUUAAGUCAACAAUCAAACGGAACAAUUAAGAAAAAAGGCCUUAAUUAUCAGUUGGAAAUCGAUGAAACCAAAAAGGGAUCUUUGAAUCUUCGUUCGGGACAAUACAAUCAUCGCCUUCGAGUGAGUGUUCAGUGUGUUUGUGAUUCUCUGUGUUCUGCCAAAUGACCACUUCAACUACGAUUGACCAACACCAUUGUGAUUGUUAAUUGUUGGUCGGCUUGGUCAGCCCACGAUAUGAAUAAUAUCCAUGUUUCUCAAGCGAGCGAUGAGGUAUUAUAGAGUAUGGAUCUAUUCUUGUAAUUUAGCUUUAUUCACUUCGACAUUGGUGUUUAUCAUACUCUCUCUAUGGAUCGCCAGUGAUUUUCACUUGUCGCUAUUUCCAAGUGUCACCUUUUACCAGCCAUCGUUCAUCUAUGCCUACAUGGCGCUCACCCUUCAAUCGGGUAUCCUCCAGGCAAUCGGAUGUAUGGGUGCUAAUCGCAUGAAUGAACGUCUUCUGGGACUUUAUUGGCAAAUAUUAUUAGUUUUACUAAUUGGAGAUAUUGUUGUUGGAACAAUUUGGCUCUUCCGUUAUAAUUUAUUAUUAACUAAUCUACGAUCUGAUCUCAUUUAUCGACUUGACAAUGAUUAUGGCUUUGAUACAGAUUUCCAGGAACUUUGGGAUCGAGUACAAAGUGAACAUCAAUGUUGUGGUAUUGAUACGCCUUAUGAUUACAAUGUGACCCAAUGGUUUGAACGGGAACAUGCAACUUAUGAAGGAUCACCGUUUCUUGUGCCACAAUCGUGUUGUGCCUAUCACCAAUUCCCGUUAAUUGAAACAAUCGAUGGUUCCAGAGGAGUAGAUGAAGGAUUAGGUAACAAUAAUGGAAUUGGAACAAGUCCUAGUGCCAUAAGUGAUGUAACAAUUAGUAAAGAAGAGAUUGAUUCAAGGUCUUCUACAUCCAAAUCUUUACAAGACAAUGGUGAUACUAAUGCUAUCGGUGGUGGUGGUGGUGGUGGUGGUGGUAUAAGAGGUAGAGGUAGAGGUGGAGGUGGAAAUGGUGGUGAUUCAUUUUUAACUUCUAGGACCACAAGUGCUGAUUGUAUGGAUAGUUAUAGACCCGAAAAUAUUUAUACCAAUGGUUGCUAUGCCCAGAUACUUGAAUGGUUACAAUCAAGUGUCGAUUGCCUUUCGGUUUGUGGAUUUUGUGUGAUAACUUUUCUUAAAUUGUGUUUCGCUUUCAUCUUACGUUAUGAGAUUCGUGAGAUGAUACAGAAAAUUAAUUUAAUUAAAGGCGAUAAAGAGAGAAAUGAUUCAACUGCCCUUCAAAAUUUAGAGGCUUAUCUUCCAAGGCCGUCCAUUCAGCCUGAUCAACCUCUUCUCUCCAAUCAAUCACCUCACAGCCAAAGUAAUAAUACUAAUAAUAACACUACGAAUAUUAAUAUUGAUAAUAGUAAUUCUAAUUCUAAUCCUAAUCCUACUAAUAAUAAUACUAAUUCUAAUAAUGUUAAUAAUUCAAAUAUUACUAUUACCGCCAAUAAGCGUAAUCGCAUCUCUACAACUAAUCAAUCUUCAUUUAAUAGUUCAAUUGGAAGUUAUGUAAGCUGUGGUGGUGGUGAUUCUACAACAAUUAACAUACCAAGUCGACAAUCACCUCAAUCAAUUGGUACCCUUGGUAUCACAUUUUCAUCUUCAUUAACAACAUCACCUCCAACCAAUAGAUUGAUUAUCUCAACAACAACAACAACAACAACAACAACGGUAACAACAUCAACAUCAACAUCAAAAUCACCAAUGUUAAUUAGUAAAUCAACUAAUAAACAGUCAACUAUUGUUUCUACAACAAAAACAUCACCAACAUCACCAGUAACCUUAAUUACAACGGUAACUAAUUGUUCAUCUGGAGCUGCGACUAAUAUUUUACCACCAACUUCAUCAUCAAUUGUUAAUCCAUCACAAUUGCUUGGAUUAAUUAGUUUACCAAUAACUGGUGAUAAUAAAUCUAAUAAUAACAAAAGCAAGUCUUUCAAUAAUAGUAAUAAUAAUAAUACUAAUCAAGUUGUGGUGACCAAUUUUUGAUUAACACACUUUUCCCACAAUUAGUUAAUAAUAUUCAACAACGAAAAAUGGAUUUUCAUAAUUAUCAGCUAACAGCAACUUGCAUUUAAUUGUUACCGUGACAAUUUCAAUUCAACUUGUUCAAUUAUUGUUAUUUAAUCAACUAUUUGGGAUGGAAAUCAAUUAAAUCAAUCCCUGUUUGGUGAAAGAGAGAUUGAGAGAGUGAGAGAGAAAACAAAAUUAACACUAUCAUAAUUGUGAAUGAUUUUUUCUCCAUCAUAUUAAUUGUCUUCCUUUAAUCAAAUUGAUGAAAGAUGAAAAAACCAAGGAAAAAGUGUUGACGACAAUUAAUUAUUUCCAAGAGGAAACAAUCAAUCGAUGUUAAUUGGCGACGAUGGAGAUGAUUAAGGAUCGACUUUGUUUUUUUAUGGUUGGAUAAUCAAGUUACAAUUUAAAUUAAUCAACUAACGGAAUCAAUUGAUUAUUACCAGUGAUUGUUAACAAACUCAUUCUCUCCCUUGUUUAAUUAAAUUUUUUAUCAUGAAAUCAUUUUGUAUAAAUUGUAGAGCAAAUUAAGAAAAAUUGAAAACUAAUUCUAGCUCAUUGUAUUAUUCAAAUGUUAAUUAACAAGCCUAAAGCCUUUGAACCAUUUAAUUCAAAGGAUGAUUGAAAAAAAAUCAAUAAAUUUACGAUGACAAUUAAA